UGAAGAAUAACGAACUCGAAGAGACAGACACAGAGCAGCCCGAAGCGAGCGAGUGCGUGUGGAAAAGUUCUGUGCUAUCAAAAGAACUCUGAAGUUAGCGGGUGAAGUGAAGUGAUAGAAAAAUAAUAAACACACAAAAAGUCCCCAGUAAUCAUGAAAGUGCUAAUCGUAUCCGCGGUGCUCCUGGCCUGUGCCAUGGCCGCCCCAGCUCCGGCAGAGGAAACCUCGUCGACCGGAAGUGCGCUAAAUAUGGCGCUCAAGUUCUUCGGCAGCUGUUUCGAAUCGGACGAAAUGGGAACCUGUCUGGCGGUGAAAGGAAUUACCGCCCUGAACCGUGCUGCCCGUGCCAACAACAUCGAGAUCGUGCCUGGUGUAACCUUCUCAAGAGACGCGUCGGCCUCAGUUGAACGUAUGGGCAAAUCCGUCUCGGAGAACGAAAUCAUCAACACCCUGCCGGCCACUUCCGAAGAGAAGAGCGACGCCCUGUUCGAUAUGGCCAUCGACUCCGCCAAGCGACUGUUCACCGCCCGCUCCAUCCAGAUCCGUCUGCCGGAGGAAGCCAGCGAAACCAUUGCCCGUUCCCUCGAAGAAGGUAGAACCCUGAAGAAAGGUAAGAAACUGAAGAAAAUCCUCGGCCCACUUGCUCUGGCUGUCGGAGGAAAGCUGUUCGCUCUGCUGCCCCUACUUCUCGGAGGAGUUGCUCUGCUCGCCAUCAAGGCUCUGUUCGUCUCGAAGAUCGCUCUGAUCCUGGCCGUUAUCCUGGCAUUCAAGAAAUUCCUCGGAGGAGCCGUUGAUGGAGCUGGUACUCUUGGACUGCUGUCAAAGGCUGUCGGAGGCGGUGGUGGUGCUGCUGCUAUUGGAAGCGCUCUCGGCGGUGGUGGUGCUGCUGCCCCUGCCCCUGCUGGUUGGACUGGAGCUGGUGCUAGCGGUUGGUCCCAAGGAAACUCUCAGUAUCCUUAUGCCCGCAGCUACGACACCGCCCAGGAUCUCGCUUACAGUGCCCAGGCCCCAAAGGCGUAAACAACCUGUCCACGAACUUCCAAAACGAAACCAUAUUAGAUUAAGAAGCUCCUCCCUUCUACCCCUUCAACUCUAGCUAGCCUUCAAUCCGUUACCUUCGCACCUUCGUUUCUUGGGUUCUACCUCGGGUUCCCUGCCCACCACUCUGUACCCUGUCUUUUCGCACUUUGCAAGCCUCCUCCCACCGCCCUAGUGUCUAGUCUAUCACUCUUUCUGCUAGAGCCACCAAGCGAGCGACCCAUCGUUGACGAGUCCCCAGCCUAGUCGCAAAAUUAGCUCCACUCACACGCACAACAGCAUUUAAAAACCACAUCGGAUCGUGACAACAGUGAUCCACUGCAACGACCGGGUGUGCCAGCUCACACCCAGCGCCCGUUCAAUCUUUCCACCAAACCCGACAGCACCAGCCCAACACUCUCUACCCUCUUCACCUCACCACUCACAACUUUAACCGAUAAACCAACACACACGCACACCAACCACUGCGCCGUGAAGUGAGAGCAACUUGCGAGAUAGGAAUCGAAAACAAAGGUACAAAGCCGUCGGCUUGCAACGAUUGGUAAGCCACCCAUUUGUACAUACACCUUAAACAAAACAAAACAAAACACAAGCUCACAGGCCGAAACGAAAGUCGGCAGAGAAUUUGCACAAACAAUUGACACGCUCAGCCCGCGGCUGAGCGCUCAGGUGGCUGCACGGCACAACCGAAAGUGUGCCAAUCGCUUGAUGGCUUUCCGUACUUGCUGUUCAAUCUGUCCCGAUUCGCCCUGACAGGAGGCGGUCGCCUACCAUUUCAACGUCUUGGUCGGGUUUGCCCUGGGAGCGACUUCCCAGGAAUCCGACAAUUUCCGAUCUAAAGCAGCCUAAUUAGUGUUUUACUAGUGUGUAGUAAUUUAUUUGCAAGCGACAACAAAAAAUUAAACCCACGAGAGAAAAAGAGAGAGAGAGGAAACUAAAACAAAACUAGAUUCGCAAGAGAUCGAACGUGUAAUUAAUUUAUUUUAAUUUAUGAUUUUCUAGUUAUUAGCUCGGAAACAAAUAUAUACGAGAGAGAGAUAGAGAGAAAAAAUAAACAGAAACAAAGCAAUCGCAGCACAAAACGUAAAUACAAAUACAAACCCACAAACAUCAAUCACAACGUGCAAAACCUCGACUGUAUAGAUUACCGCUUAAUUUGUAAAAGUUUUAUAGACUUGUGUAAAGUAACGAACACGAUGUGUCAAUAGUCAUUAAUUUGAUUUUUUUUUCUUUCAAUGGAGACUACAAUAAAUACG